UUAGUGGAGAAACCCCCCAGUUAGUGGAGAAUCCCCCAGUUAGUGGGGGGCUAAAAGGCACUGAGGGUCUCCAUCUGGCCCCUCUGAAUACCUGUUACACUAUAAUAGAGAUUCUCUGCAGUGACGGCAGACGCAGCUCCACGGUGACGAAGGUCUUUAUCGUUGAUCCGCCCGAUCCCAACAGGAAGUCGAGCGAGGAGGACUUCCUGCUGAGCGACCUGCAGCGCCCGUCCCAAGGAGCCUCUGCUGGUUCUCCACUGAGGCCUCCAGAGCCGAGGAUGAUGGGAAGCUCUCCUCUCGCAGGUCCUCGGUUUCUGAUUGGUCGGCUGGGCUCUCCGAACAGACAGCAGAAGACCGGACCCCCCCCCACGCCCCCCAGCAGAGAGCCAGGUGGGUUGAGCAGCACGGAGACGUCCAGAAUCCAGAGAGAGACUGACUUCCUGCGGUGUGCUCAGUGUCUCACUCUCCGUCCCUCCGACCCGUUCUCUCGGUUCUGUGCUCAGUGUGGAGCAGCACUUCCUGGUUUACCUGCACAGAGACCGCCCCCUGCUGAGGGAGGACAGGUGGUGUCCUGUGUGUCCUGUGGUUCUCUGGUUCCUGUGAACACUCGGAGCUGUUUGAUCUGUGAAACCUCCGUCACACAGCAGCCUCAGGCCAGCAUCAAACUGCAGGAUCAUGUGAUGUGUGUCAGCUGUGGUUGUGGGAACCCAGCUCAGGCCUCCAGAUGUCUGACCUGUGAGAGCCGCCUGCAGCCGGUAACACACUCUACUGUCUCUACAGUGUGUCUGAAUCAGGAAUCAUCUAUCCGUCCGACGGUGUGUGUGGGCAGCAGCGCCCCCUCUGGCAGGAUGUUGAGCUGCUCUCGGUGUAAACGUUUGAACCAUUCUGACGCCAGAUUCUGCGACUGGUGCGGCUCCAAGGGUCAUGCAGUCAGUUGUGUGUGGUGUUGGCGCUGUGGAGCGAGUGCCCCCCCGAACGCCUCCUACUGCCCCGCCUGCAGCACCUUCCUUCAGGCUCCGCCCCCACGAACAUCCCGCAGUGACAUCACAACACCUGUCGGGGGCGCCAAGGCCAAACAGGUAGCUGCCCCCCCACAUCAUGCUAAUGCACAACACA